AUGUAUUAUCAACAUGCACUUGUCCAGCUCCUGCUGUUAUCAGCGAUCGAUGCUGCGGCGAACACGGCUCGUUUGCUUGUCAUUUCACUUGAUGGAUUUCGUCAUGAUUAUUUGAAUAAAUAUGAGUUACCAACACUGAAUGAAUUCCGUAAUCAGGGUAUUCGUGCGAAUAAUGGCAUGCGACCAACAUUCACCACAAUGACAUUUCCGAAUCACAUAUCGAUUGCAACAGGCAUGUACCAAGAAGAUCAUGGCGUGAUACAUAAUACAUUCUAUGACCGGUUACUGAAUAAAAGUAUAGGAAUGAGUAGUCGAGAUGAGGGUCAAUGGUCUGAUCCAAGUAUCGAACCUAUUUGGAUUACCGCUACGAAACAAAAUGUGAAAUCUGCUGUUUUGUUUUGGCCAGCAUGUCACAAUCAAUUUAACGGAGUACGUCCUCUAAUCUAUACCUCGAUAUAUUCGGAUGCUGUGCCAUAUCGAGAGAAAAUUGAUAGUGCGAUUCGUUAUUUCCGAGAAUUACCAAUCCAGCUAGUAAUGCUAUAUCAUUUUGAACCGGAUAAACAAGGUCAUACGUAUGGUCCAGAUUCACCGGAAGUUCGUGAUACGUUAUUUCGUCUUGAUAACGAUACCAAAUACUUAUUGGAUCGAGUUAAAGAAGAACUCAAUGACGAUUUGAAUAUUAUAAUCCUCUCUGAUCAUGGCAUGACAAAUGUAACGAAAGUAGUAAGGCCAAUAUUCGAGAAAUAUCUCGAUCGAUCAGCAGUUGAAUCCACUAUUCUCUCCGGUGCUCUAUUCAAUGUUAUGCCGAGAAGGGGAAGGACAGAAGAAGUCCUAGCUAAUCUUAGCAACAUUCCCAAUGUAACAGUGUAUAAACGUGAUGAAAUGCCAGAGCGCUUCCACUAUUCGAAACCGAAACAUCGCCUUGGGGAAUUAACAGCAUUACCAGACAUCGAAGGUCAAAUUCUCUCUGAAGCGACCACCAACUCGAGCUAUCCUAACAAAGGUAAUCAUGGCUGGGAUAAUACACUUCCAUCAAUGCAAGCUAUUUUUAUGGCUCGUGGUCCUUCAUUCAGUAAAAGUGUGCAAAUUAGUUCACUUAAUAAUGUGGAUAUCUAUCAUAUUGUUUGUCAAAUUCUUAAACUUAAUCCAAAUCCAAAUGCAACCGCUGGUUCACUACGCAAUUUGACGCAGAUCUUCAUGCCAAUCGAGACUUCAACUUCAACUUUAUCUUCAUCUUCCUCUGCACCAUCAACUUCAACUUUAUCUUCAUCCUCCUCCGCACCAUCAACUUCAAGUACUACACCGACAACAAGUCGUUCAACAAUACGAACAACUACACUUGCUUCUGGAGCAGAUGGUUUCAUACCACCUCUACCGCCUGAAGUUACAUUUAACAAAAACGAUAUCAUUAAUUUAAAUCCAAAGAUUCUGUGUUGGAUCCCGACGACAAUCGCACGACUUGAUCGUGCACGUGCUGUGUAUGAAACAUGGGGUAAACGAUGUGAUCGUUCACUUUUUCUUAUCGCUGGCUCUCCUCCAACACAACCACUUAAUCGUUCACUAUAUCGCUUUCCUAUUGCAUAUAUUGGCAAUGAUAACAUUGAAAAAUAUGAUCAAUUAUCGUCGAAAGUUCUUCACUCUUUACAUUAUAUUUACAAUCGAUAUCGUUCAGAUUACGAUUGGUUUUUCAAAGGCGAUGACGAUACGUUUGUGAUCGUGGAAAAUCUUCGUCAUUUUCUUCGACGUCGAGUUUCCAAUCAGACCACAUGUUACGGCUAUAUUGCUCAAACUUCUGACCGUCUGUAUCCGUCAGGUGGUGCUGGUUAUGUCCUAAGCCAGGCAACACUUAUUCGACUCGGUGAAGAAGUUCUAAGUAAACCAGAACAAUUGAGACUAUGUCUUACUGAUCAAGCUGAAGAUAUCAAUAUUGCCUAUUGUCUUGCACGAAUUCAUGUCUAUGUAAUGAAUCUCCGUGAUGAGAAUCAGUUAGAAACAUUUCAUCCGAUGACGUUUGAACAACAUUAUUUGGGUAAAUUUACGAAAUGGAUUGAAAGAAAUGCUCAGUUCCCGCAGAAAAAAGGCGACGCAUGUUGUUCGCCAUUGACAAUCUCAUUUCAUAGUUUAUCAAUUGAUGAAAUGCGUAUGAUGCAUUUUUUAUUGUAUCGAAUUCAAAAAGCAUCUGAUUAA